AUGCAUGGUAAGACGAGGUCGGACGAAUACUUGUUCCACCCUCCACUACCAGUACGCGCCGCAUUUUGGGAGACCGAAUGGGCGCUAGUAAACGAAAAGACCAGGGCGGCAGUCACUGGCUCCAGUUAUGGUCCUUGA